GGGAUACCCUUUAACUUUUGUAAGUUUAAGGAAAUACUUUAAGGUGAGAUAUUUUAGUUGUUUUCUUUUAAGUUGAUGAGUUAAAGGUGAGUAUAUAUCAUAUCAUAUCCAAAUCCUUACCUCUAUUCUAGAAGGUAAAAGAGACUCUUUCUGUGAAUUAUUAUUAUUACUCCAAGAUGAUCUUUUUACCCCAAAUCCAAUAAACCCUUUAAAAGGGUAUUCAAAAACAAGAGAAUCCCUCAAACAGACAUUGGGCCUGGGAAACCACGUCGCAGCAGCAAAUCCGUUGGAAUAUUGGGUAUGCAAAUUAAUUUUUUUCCGUACCUACAGACCAGUCCCUCAACACCCCUCUCUCGCACCGUUUUUUAAGGCCACCCUGGAUUCUAGCGCCCUCAUGUGAUGUGAUGCUGUGCCAGCAUUUUGUUUCAGAUCAGCGGUCGUCGUCGCGUCAUGUUGGGAUACAAAAAAAGUGUACAAAAAAAGAGGAAAAAACGUAAGCGAAAAAUAUUCGAAAGCGUAAAAUCAACCGCAAAAGUUGAGCUGGCAAUGCCGUAGAGUUAUUUUGUAUGGCAACUUUUUAAGAGUGUUGGAAAAGGUGAAUUUACGGUACUAAUAAUAAGUUAACCAACACUUGGUUUUUAGUUUAGAAGAAGUAUUAUUAAAAGGCUUCACCAUUUUCUGUAAAUUUAACAUUUUUAUUAAGGAAAAUUAACUCCAAAAUGCAGCCACACAAUUUUGAGCUGUCAAAUAGAAAUCUUGACAAAGGAAAAGAAAAUUUUUACAAAUUGCUGAAAAGCAAAUAAAAUUCAUACGAAAAACAUGAAUAAAGAAAGAAAGCCUGAUAACAAGGAAGAGAGCAAAGAUGGUUCAGAUGCGGAAGCUGAAGAAUUCCGCAGAGCGCUCAAUGAAGAAUUGGGUAACAUUUCCGGUUUCGAAUCUUCUGAUGAUUCACGGGAAGAGAUAAAAAAAGAGUUUUUGAAGAAAGAACAGGAAGAACAAAAUGAAAAUCAGGCUAAGGCCAAGUCCAACCAGAAGAUGAACCAAUGGUAUCUGAAGGAGUUCCAAGAGCAAAUGGGUUUGGAUAUCGAAGAUUCCGAUGACCAAGGAGAUAAAGAUGGAGGUAAAACUGAAAAGUCAUCUAGCUCGGAUUCGGAUGAUGUCAGUGAUUGGGGUAAUACCAGCUCUGAUGGUUCACCCGGCGAGGAAUGGCUGUCGAGUAUAAAGAGCGUUAAUCUUCUUUCGCUGGGGAAAAGAGACUCGAAGUUAAAGCCUGAAGAGGAAUGCAAUCCACGUCCUGCUUAUAGUGGGCCCAUGCCUUCGAUGCCCAUCUACGAUGAGGAAACCAGUCAGUUUGAAAUGGUGCAGACUUUCAAAGAACCUGAAACUAGUGUUCAGAGACUUAAAAUAGAAAAGAAGAAGAAUGAUAGUGACAAAAGCGAUUCGGACAGAAGCGAAAAGGAUAAGGAUAAAUCUUCGUCUGACAGUGAUUCUAGUUCAGAAUCUAGCUCUAGCAGUGACACUUCCAGUCGCGAGGAUGAGGAAGUCAGUGCUUCCACAGAUUUCGAUGACCAAGCUGCCACUAAUAAAAUAUCGUAUUGGGAGGAAAUGUCCGGACUGCCCGUGGACAAUGGUGAAAUAACCCACGAAGAACUCAUGGCUAUUUUAAAGGAAGAAGAAAACUCUCCUGAAAAGGGCCCUAAUGCUCAGGAAAAUCAAAGUGAUUCCGAGAUGGAUGUAGAUGCCGGUGCAGGACUGGUUAAUCCAAAUGAUGGUUCGGACUUUUUCGAAGAUAAUGCUCAGUUUCCAGAGGUCCUGGAAAACUUCAGUGUGCUAGUCAUCAAAGAGGAUUCAGUUUUCGUGGAGUACGAUCUGGCAGUCAGGAACAUAGUUAAACUCGUUAGAUUGGCUCCAAGUCAUUACAAAUACGAGAUAUUUCUACUGCUAUAUCCGUUGAUUGCCAUAGCCUAUCUGCAGAUGAUAGCCAGUGAUAAGGUUCAGAGAGCAAGGUUGUUCCUGAAUCGCUAUCAGGACCAUCUAGAUGAUUCCUUUUCAUCAAGAAUAUUGAAAAUCAGAUACAUAUGCAGGCCGGAUGAAGUGCCCAAUAAGGCCAGAAAAUUGUUGGCUGGUCAUGAGAAGUUAGACAUUCAGAUGUCAGAAGGAGCUCAUAGGCAGAUUAUCUACUGUAUGGAGGACUGGCCAAGGGGUCAGCAGGAGAUUCUUUUGGCCCAUUUUAAGAUUCAAAGCUACAGUGAGGCAGCUAUUCCACAGCAGCGUUACAUGCCUGGACAACCUCUCUUGGAACCCAUAUUUUACGGUGCCCCCGAACCUUUGCAUAAAAAGGACUUUAGUACUCGCCCUUUCCUGCAGAAACGUCGCAGGCGAAAGAAUGAACCGCAAAUCUGCAAGAAUCUACAUUUGCCUUUGCCCGGAAAGAUUUAUAAUCCCAAUCCGAAGAGAAUGGACUUGCUUCAUCGGAAGAAUGAUGAACAGCAUAGAGACAGGCUGGAUCGUAAUAAAUUGCCUUCUACUUACCUUUACACCUCUGCUCCCUCCGAUGAGGUGGUACUUUGUGUCACCUUCUCGGAGAGCAUCAGCAUGCUAGCCCUGGGCACCGUAUCCUCAACCAUAUACAUUUUCUCUUUAAAGCCUUCGAAAUUGGUUCAACUUAAGCCAGCAACUUGGCUGAAAGUGCUGGACACCGGCAUGGCUGGGAUUGAUAAGGGCAUGUUGGAUCCAACCAAGAAGUUCACCCGACGUACUCUUCACGGGCAUCAGGGACCUGUUUACGGUUGUUCCUUUGACCCGGAGGAUCGGUUUAUGCUAAGCUGUUCGGAGGACUUCACCGUACGUUUGUGGUGUCUUCUAUCCUGGAAUUGUGUGGUCAUUUAUCCUGGUCAUCUGUCCCCCGUUUGCUUUGUGGUUUAUGCCCCAAUGGGUUUUUAUUUUGCUACAGCCUCGGAUGAUUGUACGGCCAGAAUUUGGGUGCAGGAUAGUAGGAAACCAGCUAGAAUUCUGCAAGGACAUUUGGCAGAGCUAGCGGUGUGCCAAUUCCAUCCCAAUCGUCACUACUUGGCCACUGGAUCUGCCGAUUGUACAGUGAGGAUGUGGGAUCUAGUCAGCGGCUUACAAGUCCGUCUUUUCAGAGGUCACAAGGAUAGGAUUACCACCUUGGUCUUCUCUAUUUGUGGUCGUUAUUUGGUUUCAGGCGGUGAUGAUAAGCUAAUCAUAAUUUGGGACACAGCCAGUGAGACGUUAGUUCGUUUUUUGGACCAUCACCAGUCAUCUAUUAACACCAUGGCUAUAGCCUUGGAUAAUAACUUGUUGGUGGUGGGCGGGCAGGACUAUCAAUUGAGCGUUUGGGACUUUGAGCGAGUGCUGAAGGAAUAUCUGAGCAGGUCUAAGACUUUACGAAAGAAAAGCAAUGCGGAAACUCACGAAUCAAGUGUUCAGGAUUUGCUAGUUAACUCGUUUUUCAGCAAGGGAGAACCGUUCUACACGAUCCAUUUCAGCCGUCGGAAUCUACUGCUGGCCUUUUGUGUGUCUCCGCGGGAGUCCAGGAAUGAGGUCCCUGAGGACACCACCGAACAGCCUAAGGAUAAGUUAGUCGAGGAACUCAAUGAUUGGUUUGAUUUUAUGGACUUGAUGAAGUUUAAGGCUUGCUCUGGUCUAGGUAACAAGUUGACUUUGGAUACCUCAUGUGUGGAGGAGGAAAAUGAGUUUGAAUAGAGAAAAACUGAAGUUCAGAACUGGAAAUUGCAUUCAGCAGACAGCUUUUAUAACCAGUUUAUAAUAAAUCUACCAACUUCUGA